AUGGCAAGUCCUGAUCAAAUUGCCGCUCAGAUACUGAGCACAAAGUCCCUUUCCGUCUCCCAACCAUGGCUCAAUGACUUCCUAUCAUCAACCAGCACAACACAGCGCAACGUGCCACCGUCCGCACUCGCAAAGACGGCCAUAUUCCGCCUCCUAGCAUCUGAUAUCAAAGAAUCGCUUUCAAAACACAGAUCCUGCACAUUACCAGUCGAUGUCUGCCGUCCAAACGUCCAAGAGCGCCGUCUACAAGGCUCAAUCCCAGUGCAAGUGCUCGACAUCGAAGACAUCGGGACAAGUCUAUGGAGUCAGAUCGAAGCUAUCGAGCGUGUUGAGCGCGGCGAGGCCAUCCGUGGCCGGGAAAUCGUGCGCACUAUAGCUGUAGGCGAGGACCCCGAGGCGUCGUCGGAGAACAAUCGCGCAAGUACCGCGACGGGCACUGCGAGCGUGUCUGGGAACAGUGGGUAUGGGCCGCACCGCUUGAUUCUUCAGGAUGCAGCGGGGACUCUGGUUGUUGGUGUGGAAAUGCAACGGGUUGAGGGGAUUACGUUGGAGAAACUCGCUAUUGGGGCGAAGCUACUGCUUCAGAAUCCGACGGUUGCGAGAGGUAUGGUGCUGCUUACGCCUAGGUCUGCUACACUGCUUGGGGGUAAGAUUGAGGCGUUGGAUAAAGUGUGGAGAGAUGGUAGGAAGGCUAGGUUGCUGGAGAAGACUGCAAGCGCUGGAGAUUGA